UCAGCUGUCAGUGUCAUUAUUUGUGUGUGUUUUGGUUGUGUUAUGUUGUGUUGCAUAGAGAAAAGAACACUAUUGUGUUGUGUGUUGGUUUGCGGGUGCGGAGUGUUUUUUUCCUCAGUGGAUGCGGAUAGGAAAUAAUCGAAAAGUUUAUUAGGAUGCUUGUAUCAGUAUGAAGUAUCUGUGUCUACGGCAGUGCCACCAAGUCCCCAAUGUCCCCACUACCCCAACACACCGCACAUACUCAAUUAAAGCAUGGUUGCUAAGCACAGCAAGGACAUUACCCUUUUUAUAUUUGUCUCCAUGCCAGUGUCCACUAUAGUCCAGUAAGGUGUAAUAUUUUUGUUCCUUAGUGGGAUGCACUUCAUGCGUCCAUUAAUGUUAUUAAAAGUUGAUCUUAUUAAAAACAUGGAAUCGACUCAGUUUACCUCAAGCAGCUCCCGGCCACGACCUUUCAAGGAGUUUGUGUCACCACUGAAGAUACGAAAAAUGACUCAUUUUAGUGAAAAUGAGAAGUUUAUGGUUAUAAAUGUGUUUAUAUAUGUAAAGAACACUUGGCCUGCGGAUAAAUACCAGUCAAAACUUGAGAUGAAGGAAAAAACCGCCAACAUAUUGGGUAUUUCAAAAGCAUCAGUUUAUAGAGUUUUGAAGGAAUAUGUUGAAACUGACACGGUAAAACCUGCGGCGUCCCCUAAGAAACGUUUCCAAGUGAAAAGGAAAAGUUCUGGUGAUUGCAAAAACACAUCAAUAAAGACCCCAGAAAAGUUAUGGAUUAGAGCUCCCGGUGAAAUAAACAUGCGUAAAACCUGGCUAAAACUUGCUAAUAAGGAUCCUGAUUCAUUAUCGACUAAAACUAAAAUUUCUUUCUGCGAAGACCAUUUUGACUUAGAAAAUGACAUGGAAAAUUACAGACAGUAUAAAAUAAUGGGUUCAGUUCCAAAGAUCCGAAUGAAGCCCGGUUGCAUACCAUCCAGGUUUAACUGCCAAACCAGUAGAAAACACAAACUUACUCGAACAAUGCAACAGCAUGCUUCUAAGAGAACAGCAGCAGUGCCCGUAACAGAAGAUAAACAAAUCUGUUCCAUGAAAAUGUCAACAUCAUUUUUUCAUCAAGAUCCGGGCUGCCUGGCGUGCUCGGAGUGCGGUGCGUGGGUCGCGGCGCGCGUGUACGUGUGCGUGCAGUGUGUGGACGCACGCAUGUGUGCCGCGUGCGAGCCACACGCACACGCGAGCCACGCCGUCGUCAGACUACCCUCUACAAGAGUCUAUAACAUAGUGCGAGACCUGUUUGAGUCUCUGCAAGAGCAGUUGAACUGCCGGCUGCGAGGGCUGGACGAUGACGCCGAGGACGAGCUGACGGACGACCUCGAUGAUGAUGAACUGGACCAAUACGUUAAUCCAGUGGUUAAGAAAACUAAACGACCUGUUGUUGCAUCGUCUGCUGGCCAGCAAAUAAUGCCCCAUGAAGCUUCAAAAGUCACUUUCAAGUCAAGCCCACCAGCAUCUCCCAUGCCAACUGAUGAAACUAAUGAACCCAUGGUCACGGCUGAUGACAUCAAAGUAGAAGAUGAUUAUGAUGAAUGGGAACCACUAAGGGAAACUGCAACAGAAGGGUUUAUGAAAAUAACUUCAGACAUUGUAAAGAGUGAAUGUAAUGAAGGAACAGUAGCAGAAUCGAAAUUAGCUGUAGACGUUAGAGGAGAUGAUAAAUACAAUGAGAUGAAUUUAUCUAAGUGCUUAGAGAACGAAUCAGAAUUUAAAAGAGUAAGUAAUGUAACUGUUGUAAGAAAAACUAAAGGAAAUACUGCUGGUAUCAAUAAGCCAGCUGUGAAACUGGAGACCACUGAGAAUACAUCAAUUGAAUGUGCCCAAGCAAAUGAGUUGGGAUCUCAAAUUGCUGUGAAAAUAAAAGAAGAGCCAACUGAAGAUGCCUGUACCGAGCAGGUUGAUUCUACGGGUUUUUUAGUCAUCGGCUCGCCUCGAUCUAUCAAAGUCGAAGACAAAGAAACUUCGUGAUGACAAAAUAGUUUUUAUUUUCAAUUUAAUUUCAUUCUAUUUAGUAUUAAUUUACCUAGAAGAAAAAGGUACAAUUACUUAAAUUAAGUAAGGUACAGUCUGAUUGUUAUGUUAAUAAACAAGUAGCCAGUCCUGGUUAAGUAUUAACAAAU